AUGUUUUUCCUUUUCCUUUUGCUGGUUCAGUGUAUGACGAUAGUUGUUAAUAUUUUUAUUCUCCUGGUAGUAGCAUCAGUGCAACAUUUGCACACACCAAUGUAUUUUUUCCUUUGUCAAUUGGCCUCUGCUGAAAUGAUGUUCACAAUAAACAUUAUUCCUAAUCUGCUUCACAUAGUCUUGGUAGAAGGUGCCAUUAUCUCCGUGAUUGGUUGUGUCAUUCAGUUCUAUAUAUUCUCUGUUUCAACCAAUGCUGAAUCCUUCUUUCUUACACUAAUGUCCUAUGACCGAUAUAUGGCAAUAUGUAAUCCACUGCAUUAUAAUUCUUUAAUGAGCUUAAGCUUUUGCUUCCGGCUAGCUGUAAUAACAUGGAUCUUUAGUUUUUCAUCAACUCUGAUUGUGAUUAUUCAGUUAUGUACACUGCAAUUCUGUGGUUCAAAUAUUAUUGAUCAUUACUACUGCGAUUUGGCACCUCUUCUGGAGCAUUCCUGUUCUGAUGUUUCUCUGGUGAAAAACACAGAUAUUUUUUUUUUCCAUUCCCAUUGUUCUAUUUCCAUUUAUUUUCAUUUUCAUAACUUACCUUCGUAUUGCCAUCGCUGUACUUCGCAUUCCAUCAUCUAUUGGAAAACAAAAGGCCUUCUCAACCUGCAGCUCACAUUUGGCUGUGGUCUGUACAUAUUACCUGACAUUAAUAACCAUCUAUGUGAUUCCUAA